AUGGAGGAUGAGGAGCUGCAAAAGGGGGGUUAUCUUAUCUCAGAAAAUGGAAAUUACAAAGCUGUAUUUCAGGAUGAUGGUAAUUUUGUGAUAUACGGCUGGAAGUCAAUCUGGGACAGUGACACCGCUGAGACGUGCAAUGUUGAUCAUCUGAUAAUGCAGAGUGACUCGAACUUGGUGGCCUACAAGACUGACGGUAAAGCCAUGUGGCAGACCAACAACCACACCAGCAGUGGCUUCGAAGACUGUGUGCUUCAGCUGAGAAACGACGGCACCUUAGUCAUCGAAAGAGAUGGUGAAGUCUGGUCCUCUGCAACAUCCCGGGGUCUCAAGUAUUGAGUAACCUUUUAACUGAACACUGCUACAAAUGGACAACUCCAUUAAAUAGUUCUAUUAGCCUCUGAAAAUGCCAAAAGGGAAGGUACAGAAAAUAAAAGAGUCCAAAAUAUCUGAGAGUGUUUAAUUUUCUUCAGAGUUAGAUACCAGGUGGGACUGAUUAAACCCUGGAUAUGGAGAAUAAACAAUGAAAAUGGGUUAAAACAAUAUCAUCUGCAACACUAGAUAAGAGAUAAGAUAACUUUCCUGGC